AUGGAUGUUCUUUAUUCAUUAUUUGCUAUUAAUAAUCAACGACUUGACAACAUAAUACAAGAAAAUACUUUCACUAAUACUCUCAAUUUUGUAUUAAUAACAGCAACCGAUGAUAUUUUAUCAGUUUGUGAUCGCGUACUCGAUCGAUUCUGCUUAAAUUUAUUACCAAAAAUUCAUAAUAAUGUUAAAUCCCUUAUUCUUAAUUCAUUAUCUAUGGAACAUAUUCUUCUUGCUGGUGAUUAUCCUAAUUUAAGUGAACUUAAAAUCUUCAAUUUUAAUAUUAAAACAGCUUUACAUUAUUUUACAGAUGAAUCCCCAUUUCGACAUAUUUUUCAACGACAAAUCACAGAUCUUAUUCUUGUAUUUGAAAAUAAUUUUAAUAAAUUAUCAUGUACACAUUAUAUGACAUAUGUUUAUGGAUAUAUAAUGAAAUACUUCGAAAAUCUACAUCAUUUAUCUAUUCAAGGAUCAUAUCCUAGAUAUUUUCCACCUUUAGAACUUUGUGAUUUACCUUUAACUACUUGUUACUCUUCAAAUCUUUGCAAAUUAUCUAUUCGUGUAUUGUAUUAUCAUGAUCUUCUUGCUUUACUUGAUGGUCGUCUCAAACAACUAAAUACAUUGAAUGUUGUCAUUGUCCAACAGGAAUGUAAUUCAACGAAUGUUUACAAUGUGAAUCUAUCUCAUUUGAAAUGUUUUUCUUUACAAUAUGAUUGUUCAUAUGAUGCAUAUGAUGGUGAAAUUUUACCUCUUUUACAACGUAUGUCAAAUAUUGAAGUAUUAAACUUAAAUCUUAUUAUUGGUAGUCCAGCUCGAUUUAUUGAUGGUAAAAAUAUUUAUGAUGAAAUUCUUAUUCAUAUGCCACGACUUCAUACAUUUAACUUUUGUUUUUUAAUUUUUUCUCAAUUAAAUCAUUCAGCUCAAUAUUUAUAUAAAGAUGAUAUUCUACAAACUUUUACUAACAUUAUAGUUAAACAAGUGGAGUGUAUGAUCAAGUAUCGACGUUAUAAUGGUUUGAAAUAUCAUUUAUCCUCAUUACCAUUUAUGUUUGAUAAUCUUCAAUGUAUUGGUAAUGGAUUUUCAAAUAUUAUUUUCAAUUAUGUUAUAAGAUUAGUGGUUGAUGAUGACAUUCCAUUCGAACAUGAAUUUUUCAUGCGUGUUGCUUGUUGUUUUCCUUUACUUAAAGUAUUAACUGUUUCUAAUUCUGCACCACAAUCAUCAAUCUUAAAUUCCAAUGAUAAUCAAUUAUAUUCAACAACUAUUGAAUAUCCUUAUCUUACUUCACUUUGGUUUUUAUUGGCUCAUUGUGAUUAUGUCGAACAAUUUCUUAAUGAUAAAAAAACACAUCUACCACGUCUAACUGUAUUAUCAUUAAAUGACUAUCAUUUAAGAAACGUAACGAAAAACUUUACAAAUGAUAGAACCCGACGAAAUUGUAUGAAAGUGAAAGAAUUAGAUAUAGGUCGUAAAAAAAUUGUACAUUCAAAAGAUUUCUAUACUUAUUUUCCUUUGUUGUAA